UUUCCUGAUCCACCGCAACAAAAUGAGAGACAACGAAAUUGAGCCAAACAGAGCAAGUAAUAAAGAUUUGUUUGAGAUUUGGAGCUUCGAUGGAAAAUUGGUGUAUGAAAACAUAAUCCGAGCGACGGAGGAUUUCAAUGACAAGCAUUGCAUUGCAGCAGGUGGAUAUGGCACUGUUUAUAGAGCUGAGCUGCCAAGUGGUCAAGUUGUCGCUGUAAAAAAGUACCCUCCUUCCCAAGAUGGCGAGUUGGCUAACCUGGUAAGUUUUAUGAGUGAGAUUCAUGCAUUGACAGAGAUAAGACAUCGGCAUAUCAUAAGGCUUUUGGGUUACUGUUCACAUCCACGACACUCAUUUUUGGUUUAUGAGUUCUUGGAAGGGGGGUCCUUGGACAAGAAACUAAGCUGUGAGGAAGAAGCACUAAGUUUGGAUUGGGAUAAGAGGAUAAAUGUUGUUAAAGGUUUGGCAGAUGCUUUGUCAUAUAUGCACCAUGGAUGUUCACCCCUGGUCAUUCAUCGUGAUAUAUCGAGCAAGAAUGUUCUGCUAAACUUAGAAGAUGUCGCUUACCUAUUUGAUUUCGGAACUGCAAGACUUCUAAACCUGCAGUCAUCAAAUUGGACUUCCUUUGCAGGCACCUUGGGAUAUGCUGCUCCAGAACUUGCUUACACAAUGGAGGUGAAUGAAAAGUUAGACGUCUACAGCUUUGGAGUUUUAACACUGGAAGUUGUAAUGGGGAGGCAUCCAGGGGAUCUCAUGUCUUCUCUUUCUUCAUCAUCUUUGGAUUCGUCACCACCAUCUUCUUAUGGUAUUCUGUUCAAGGACGUAUUGGACAAACGGCUCCCACUACCAAGGAAUCAGGAGGAGGAAGCAGUGGUUCUUGCUGUAAAGAUAGCACUUGCAUGCUUGCACCCCAACCCGCAGUGCCGACCCACUAUGCAACAAGUUUCUGUGGCUCUAUCAAAUUUGUUGCCCCCUCGGUAAUCAGAUGUGUCUACGUUUGUUGUAAAAAAUUUCAGGGGCACCGAAAAAUUU